CCAAAAGGGCCUCCUCUCGCGAGACUGCGGUUCUGAGUGCGCAGGCGCAAACGCAAGCCCUUUCUCCGGCGAGAUGGCGAUGGGGUCGGUGUGCGGACGCAGGGAGCUUCUGCGCUUGCUACGGCCUCAGCGUCAAUUCCACAGCGUCGCAGGGCUCCGCCAAUGGCCACGGAAGCCGCUGACACCCGGGCUCCGGUUCCCAGCCGGCCGGCGCUGCGGACACCCACAUUAUGUCCUCCUCGCGGCCCCAGGCCCCCGGGGCCUCAGUACCUCUGCCAUAUUUUAUGCAGAAGCCCAGGAGGAACAGGAGCCUUGGGACCAGCAGAGGCCUCUUGUGCCCAUCUGUGUCCUGGGAGAGUCCAGAUGCAUUUGGUUCAGGCUCCUCCAGUUACUCCUGCAACUCCCCCACCCACAGCAGUACCUGAGGUGGCUUCUGGAGAAACUGCAGAUAUAGUCCAAGCUGCUGCAGAACAGAGCUUCAGUGAACUUGGUUUGGGGUCAUACACCCCAGUGGGACUGAUCCAGAACUUACUGGAAUUUAUGCACGUUAACCUAGGCCUGCCUUGGUGGGGGGCCAUUGCUACAUGUACAGUCCUUGCCCGUUGCCUGGUGUUUCCUCUCAUCGUGAAGGGCCAGCGAGAGGCAGCCAAGAUCCACAACCACUUGCCAGAGAUUCAGAAGUUUUCCGCUCGAAUCAGAGAAGCCAAGUUGACAGGAAACCACACUGAGUUUUACAGGGCCUCCUCGGAAAUGACGUUCUACCAGAAAAAGCAUGACAUUAAACUCUUUAAACCUCUUAUUCUGCCUUUGACUCAGGCCCCGAUCUUCAUCUCCUUCUUCAUUGCUUUGAGGGAAAUGGCCAACCUUCCUGUGCCCAGCCUGCAGACAGGUGGUCUCUGGUGGUUCCAAGAUCUCACACUAUCUGACCCCACCUACAUAUUACCCCUGGUGGUCACUGCUACAAUGUGGGGUGUUCUUGAGUUAGGUGCAGAAACUGGCAUGCAAAGUUCUGACCUUCAGUGGAUGAGAAAUUUUAUCAGAUUGAUGCCCCUGGCAGUCUUGCCCAUAACUAUCCAUUUUCCCUCUGCAGUGUUCAUGUAUUGGUUCUCCUCCAACAUGUUUUCCCUGGGCCAGGUGCUUUGCCUCCGUAUUCCAGCCGUCCGCACAGUACUUAAAAUCCCCCAGCGUGUUGUACAUGACUCUAGCACAUUACUUCCACGGGAAGGCUUCAUUAAGAGCUUCAAAAGAGGUUGGAAGAAUGCUGAAAUGGCACAUCAGCUACAAGAGCGGGAACGACGCAUGCAGAAUCACUUGGAGCUAGCAGCCAGGGGUCCUUUACGCCAGACCUUUACCCACAACCCUCUGCUACAGCCUGGAAAGAAUGACCCUCCCAUCACCACUAACAGCAGUAGCAACAAACCAAAGGCAAAGCAUCCCUGGCGUGACACACUUGGCUGAAUUCUGUUCCCUGCUCGUACUGGCAGGAACUCUCUCUCUUUUCAGAGAAGUCAGCCUUAGAAUGAGAUUUGAUGCUGGGUCCUUGCCCCAGACCUAGAAACCGUGGGACAUGUUGAUCUUCACUUUAAAAGUGGAUUCUGCUCCAGACUCUUCCACCUAAGUGUAAGAGAGCACUGGGGAACCAAGUGAUCUUCCCAUCCACAGAGUUAGUAGACCUCUGUACUACCCUCUGCUUUUGGAUGCUUAUUAAACAGGGAAAUGGA